AUGUGUCAUCUGAGUCAUUAUCCCAUUGACUUUCACAAUGGUAUUCAUCUGACGAAAUUUGUCGUCCAAGCAGGAGCUACUUGUCCAGGAUCGUUUGCUAUUAAGUAUGGUUUCCGUUGUUUAGCCUGGGCCUGUAGCAAAAGUGACAUCCGGGCCAUACACACGUUGUGCAUUGGCAGGAAGGAUUCACAAGUGCCGUCCAGAGGUUUGCUUCUUGUUUAUCCUGGUGAAAUUGGUGUUGUCCGGGCCAGACUCAAACAAGUUGUUGUUGAAGGGAUGCACCAGUUUCCUCUAGAAGUUGAUCGAUAA